AUGGAAGAUUCGCGAUUCCGCCCUCAGCAGGCGCCGAGGAACGAGCCGCCCGUCAACCCGCUUGUCUCACCUUCUCGUGGCGCCGCUCGCAUCCCCCAACAGCAACAGCAGCAGCAGCAGCAACUACAACAGCCUUCGAGCCACGACUUGCGUUCCUCCUUACCUCGCCGCUUCACCACCGAUUCGGGUCUUGUGCCAACACUCGCUUCAAUGAGCUCCCUGACCUCCCCGCCCCGUAGGACCGACAUGUCUCAAGACUAUAACGGAUCUCAAGAUUAUAAUAAUAUUGAGAAGAAGCGGUUGGAAUAUGAGAGGAUUCGAGAACAGAGACGGCUUUUUGAGAUUGAGAUGCUCGCAUUAGACCAGAAGCAGAGGCGAGAGGCGCUGGAGUUGGUACGAAUGGAAGAAGAGAUGAAUCGAUACACCGGGCACCAGUCCGAGCCGACAACCCCUCCCGAAUAUCGAAACACCAACAACGGCUUUCCAUCCAUCUUCUCGCGGCCGAAUCGCUUCUCGACUUCGAGCAUAACUUCUCCUCCGGGCUUAUUCGGCCGACCGGUUCGCUCCGGCUCGCUGUUGGACUCUCCUGUCCACGGCGCCGGCUCGCUUCAGCAGCCAUACGGGCUCGACGAUGCCCAAGUGCCAUCGCGGUCUGUUCCUAUUACGCGCCGUAACAGCGAUGAUGACGAUAAAGAGGAGGCUGUUCGUCAAGACCCGAGCAGUCAGCGAUCUACAAACUCGAGGAUAAAUCGGUAUUCCAUGCCAGUUACUCGCUCAAGAACUGGAUUUUAUGAUACGAACCUUGAUCAGACAAACACAACGCGCUUUCUGUUUGGCGACGACGAACCACACCACUUGACUUCCGGCUACGCUGCUGAUGAGAGCUUCCCCACGCUUGUUCGCCGUGACGACCAAAUUCUAUCGGCGUCAUCAGCCGCCCUUGACCUUGCUCUGGCACCCUCGCCUAACCCUGAAGCGCGAUCUUCCAGCCAUUGGAGAACCAACGUAGCCCGACACCGUACCCAGAACAGCAUGUCUGCUAUUAAUGGGCACUCCAUCAGCCAGUCUGGCGAUGCAGGCAACAUUGGAAGUCGCCCUGCAUCUUUUCGGCACUCUCUGGAUCUUAAGUACAUCUCAGAGAAUUCGAAUGAGACUGCUGGUGCUUCUCAGGCAGUCCAACCACCUCCUAAGCUCCACAGCUCUUAUUCUGCCAACGACAUCCCUACAGUCAAGAACCCUGCAGGUGUCUCCAUGAUAAAUGGUGGUGCGAACAACCAUGCUCAGCAGCACUUCCAUAAUCAUAAUGCGAGCAUCGGUCGCAUUCCUGCUGGAGCAGUACCGGCUCGACACGCUCGCGAGUUGUCCAAUGAUAAUAAUAUCAGUGCUACUCGAGAGCAGGCUGGCGUCUUCCCGUCGAUCAACUCAGCCCUUCAAGCUAGCGCUGCUCCGUUUGGACCAACAAUGGCAUCCGUGGCACCUCACCCUGCGACUCCUCAUGCCGCCGCAUCUGGGACUUCUCCUGGCAGUGCAGCGUCGACGAGUGCGUACAACACCAACUUCUACCCGCCAAAUAGCUUUCCAACCCCAAGUUCUACUUCAAGCCCUGCAUAUGGUGCUCAUUCGCUCUCCGCCGGGAUGCAGCAAAUGAACAUUAAUGGGACCAACGGCGGGACCAACGGCGGCGGUGCAUACACAUCGCAGAAUUAUCUCCCCUACGGUAAUGUAUCCUACGGCCAGGGCAAUCAGCAUCGCGACAGCCAGGCUCGCGUUAUUCAGCAUCGUCGACAGUUAGAUAACGAAACAAUGUCUCGAUAUCAUAACAUGCCACUGGAUUCAUUUCGAGGCCAGAUUUAUGAGCUGUGCAAAGAUCAGCACGGCUGCCGCUACCUCCAAAAGAAACUGGAAGAACGCAAUAGCGAUCAGGUUCACAUGAUUUGGCUCGAGACUAAUCAGCAUGUCAUAGAGCUCAUGACGGAUCCGUUUGGUAAUUAUUUGUGCCAAAAGCUCCUCGAGUUCUGCAAUGACGACGAAAGAACUGUCUUGAUCCAGAACGCAUCCCGAAACAUGGUGGAUAUUGCUCUGAACCAGCACGGAACGAGAGCCCUACAGAAGAUGAUUGAGUACGUCAGUACUCCUCAACAAAUCCAUCUCAUUAUCGAGGCUCUCCGUUUCAAAGUCGUGGAGCUCAUCAAGGAUCUGAACGGCAACCAUGUAAUCCAGAAGUGUCUUAACAAGCUCACUGCUACUGAUGCCCAGUUCAUUUUCGAUGCUGUCGGCAACGAAGAUAAGUGUGUUGAAGUUGGCACACACAGGCACGGCUGCUGUGUGCUUCAGCGCUGCAUCGACCACGCAACGGGCGAGCAAAAGCUCUGGCUGAUCCAACGCAUCACUGAGCAUGCGCGCAUAUUGGUCCAAGAUCCAUUUGGGAACUACGUUGUCCAAUACAUCAUUGAUCUCAAUGAACCAACCUUCACUGAGCCUAUUGUCGGCAUGUUCCAGGGCUGCAUCACCCAGCUCUCCCGCCACAAAUUCAGCUCCAAUGUUAUUGAGAAGUGCCUGCGCUGUGCUCAAGCUCCUUCAAGAGACAUGAUCGUAGAAGAGAUGUUGGCUCAGCCCGAGAUGGAGCGCCUUCUUCGCGAUUCAUUCGCCAAUUAUGUCAUACAGACAGCUCUCGAAUUUGCCACUCCUCAUCAGAAAUACCGUCUUGUUGAGGCUAUCCGGCCUAUUCUUCCACAGAUUCGUACGACUCCACAUGGACGUCGCAUUCAAGCGAAGAUUGCUGCCUAUGAUAACCGCGGAAGCGCUGCCUCGAGUGGACAGGUCACUCCUUCUGACAACACAGGUGGCCAAAUUCCAUUGCGUCCUAGCCACAACCGAGGAAUUUCUGGUCCUGGAGUGCUCCCCCCUAUUGGCCCCAAUGCCAGUGUCAACACCAACGGGACGUCGGCCCCUAGCAUGGGAAGCCAGGGCACGCGCCAGCAGGUGCCUCCUCCAUUCACCAGCAGUACCUCGAUGCCAGCAACCUCGACAACUUCAAGUUCGAAUGGCUCUGUCCAGCCUCCCUCAUUCAUUCAAAGAUUUAGCCAGGGGGCCUCUGCUAACCCUUCUUCGGCGGAUGGUGGUGAGACAUACUGGGUGUAA